UGUUAUUAAAGCAGAAAAGGGCGACUGGCGGACAGCUGUUCAAACUUCAUAGCGAGGAUCGCAAUCUGAUUGGCUGAUUCCUACCGGUUCAAACUUCAUAUUGGUGUCGUUCCUCCAUUACAAAUUCAAAUCCACGUCAAUCCUCUUUCUUCUUCUUCUUCUUCUUCUCUCUCUAUCGCUAUCUGGCCGCUGUCUCCGCUGAAUUCUCUCCCUACCUGAAUCCUAACCACCGCCAUGAGCGAGAAUCAGAAUCCCCCUCUUCAGCACGGUGAUCAAUCCCCCAUUAAAGCAGCUCCUUCUCCAUCUCCUUCAGCAGAAUCCAAGGCUCCCGACUACGCCCCUUACCCGAAGCUCGACCCUAAAGACGUCGCGCCCCCUUCCGAGAAUUGGGCAGACGUUUCCAUGACCGGUGGCUCCGUUGCUGCUGCUGCUCCUCCGCCCCCGCCGUCGGAAGCGUCUCGCUCUGCUCCUCCCGGUCCUACUCCCACCCCCGGCGGCGACGCUGCUACUACCCUGCCGGCCGAGUCCAAUCCUUACGUCUCCCCUGCUCCCGCCUCCAAGAACAAGAUGGAUGCGGUGAAAGACGUGCUAGGAAAAUGGGGGAAGAAGGCGGCUGAGGCAACCAAGAUGGCCGAGGAUCUUGCUGGCAACGUCUGGCAACACCUGAAGACGGGCCCUAGCUUUGCCGAUGCUGCUGUGGGAAGGAUUGCUCAAUCCACCAAGGUGCUUGCAGAGGGUGGAUACGAGAAGGUUUUCAAACAAACGUUUGAGAGUCUUCCCGAUGAGCAACUUACCAAGACGUAUGCCUGCUACCUAUCCACCUCGGCUGGCCCUGUCAUGGGGACAUUGUACUUGUCAACCGCGAAGCUUGCAUUUUGUAGCGACAACCCUUUGUCGUACCAAGUGGGUGAUCAGACUCAAUGGAGCUAUUAUAAGGUUGUUAUCCCAUUGCAUCAACUGAAGGCUGUUAAUCCAUCGAUUAGCAAGAUCAACUCAUCCGAGAAGUACAUCCAGAUAAUCUCUAUCGACAACCACGAGUUUUGGUUGAUGGGUUUUGUAAACUACGAGAGUGCAGUGAAAAAUCUUCAAGCAGCCGUCCCUCAUCCCGUCUAGAUCGCCAGACCAGCUAGCAAAAGCUCCACGGGGAGUCAAUCAGAUGAUCAUGAAAAAAUGUUUCUGUAGAGUGUAGAAGAUAUAUAGGUGAAAAGAACCCCAAUGUACAUUUUUCUUAAAACAUUUAUUUGGUUCUCACCGUUUCUUACACCCUUACUGCCUUUACAUAUUCCUUUGGUUCGAACUCUGGAUUGUAAAUGAUUCUUGUGCUAUGUUGCGUAGGGACGUGUUUUCACUUUUAAGGGCACCUUUUUUCGCUUCCCACUUUUGUCUUCGCAGAAGAUUGGUCUAGUUUACACGUAAAGCGUAUUCGGAUUCUGAUAGCAAAGGGGUUUAAACAUUUUAGGAUUAGUACGACAGCCAUUACUGGAAUCAAAUCUCGCGCAAGGU